CACGCCAUGACAGCCUGGCACGUGAUGUAGAGUAAGUUCCUGCUGUGGCUUGAGGGAAGCAGAUCGACAUUCAGCCACGGGAGAAUCGCAGUUUGCGGCCUGUGGAAGCCCCCUCCCUGAGCAAUGGCCUCACCAGUCUCAGUCUACAACUCCAGUGCCUUGGACACACACAUCUCCAGUACCUCCAGAGAGUCUCUGAGGAUGGAGCUGUUAGCAGAUGUGUGUCUGCUGCCAGGAGAGGACAGAAUUAUAGAUAAGGACAUAAUAUACAUCUGUCCAUUCAGUGGAGCUGUGAAAGGAAAAGUGUUGAUCACUAACUACAGACUCUACUUCAAGAGCUCAGAUGCUGAUGUGACGGUGACACUGGAUGUUCCUUUGGGUGCCAUCAGUCGGGUGGAAAAGAUGGGCGGGGCAUCAAGCAGAGGCGAAAACUCCUAUGGCCUGGAUAUCACCUGCAAGGACAUGAGGAAUUUGAGGUUUGCCUUGAAGCAGGAGGGCCACAGCAGACGAGAUAUCUUUGACCUCCUCUUCAGACAUGCCUUCCCCCUCUCACAUGGUCUGCUUCUGUUUGCAUAUGUGACUCAAGAGAAGUACGAGGAGAGCGGCUGGAAUGUCUACAAACCCAUAGAGGAGUUCAGACGCCAGGGCUUACCCAAUAACAAGUGGCGUAUUACAUUUAUCAAUAAGAACUAUGAGCUGUGUGACACCUACCCCACUGUACUGGCUGUACCUUUUAAAAGUAAAGAGGAGGACCUCAGGAGAGUCGCUGCCUUCAGGUCAAGAGGACGCAUACCGGUUCUAUCAUGGAUCCACAGGGAGAACCAGGCAGUGAUAGUCCGCUGCAGUCAGCCUCUGGUUGGCAUGUCUGGUAAAAGGAACAAGGAUGAUGAGCGCUACCUGGACCUGAUCAGAGAGGCAAACGACACUAUCAAGCUCACCAUAUAUGAUGCCAGGCCCAAUGUCAACGCAGUGGCCAACAAGGCCACCGGAGGAGGUUAUGAGGGUGAUGAGUAUCAAAACGCAGAGCUCAUGUUCUUGGACAUCCAGAAUAUUCACGUCAUGAGGGAAUCUCUGAAGAAACUCAAAGACAUUGUCUACCCUAAUGUGGAGGAAUCACACUGGCUGUCCAGUCUAGAGUCUACGCACUGGCUAGAACAUGUUAAGCUGGUGUUGUCAGGAGCCAUCCAAGUAGCAGACAAGGUUUCCAGUGGAAACUCAGUGGUGGUUCACUGUAGUGAUGGCUGGGACCGAACUGCUCAGCUCACCUCUCUGGCCAUGCUGAUGCUGGACAGUCAUUACCGCACACUGCGAGGAUUCCAGGUGCUGAUUGAAAAGGAAUGGAUCAGCUUUGGGCACAAAUUUGCCUCAAGGAUAGGUCACGGUGACAAGAACCAUGCAGAUCAGGACAGAUCACCCAUCUUUGUUCAAUUCAUUGACUGUGUGUGGCAGAUGACUAAACAGUUUCCUACAGCCUUUGAGUUUAAUGAGCGUCUCCUGCUGACAAUCCUGGAUCAUCUCUACAGCUGCCGCUUCGGGACUUUCCUCUACAACUGUGAGAGUGCACGAGACCAGCAUGAGGUGAGGUCAAAGACAGUAUCUCUGUGGUCUCUGGUCAACAGUAAGAUGGACAUUUAUUUAAACCCCUUCUACACCCCUGAGUCUGGCAGGGUCCUCUACCCCGUCGCCAGCAUGCGUCACCUAGAGCUGUGGGUAACAUACUACAUCCGCUGGAACCCACGCAUACGACAGCAGCAGCAGAGUCCGGUGGAGCAGCGCUACAAGGAGCUGUUGGCCCUAAGAGACGAGUACUUGAAGAAGCUGGAGGAGCUGCAGCUGUCGGACUCCUCUCCUUCCUCCCGUCUGGCUAACAGUCCUACCCCGAACACCUCCUCCUCCACCUCCUCACCAUCACAGCAAUACACACACCUACACACACCCUUCUGAGGGCUGGUGACACACACACACACACUCUCUCUCUCUCUUUCUAUCGCUCUCUGAUAUACUUGUUGACUUGCACUUAUGUCUUUUUCACUCUGAUUUCUGUCGGUCUUACACACAUGCAGGGAAUUAAUUAGUAUUGUGCAGUCCUAACUGUGGAUAACAAAGAAUGCUAAUACGAUUUAGAUGUGAUGGUUAACUCUAACACCAUAGUGGUGAUGAUGGUGAUUUAUGCAAUAUGUCACAGUACAGCCUUGUCACAAGACUUCUCUAUACUCACACUCAUCAUACAGUGAAGCCUUAAAGACAUUCAGUGGCUUUCAGUCCAAGGGCUUGAACACACAGGACACACAGUGGCUGUUUAUCAGUGUUCACACAGGCUGCACAGCAGGACUGACCUUAUGUGUUUUCUGUCCACGCCAUAUUCUGAUUAGACAGACUGACUGACACACCAGCACUGUUGGUGGUUAUUUUCUAGAUCACCACAGAGGCACAUACAUACACAAUGUAUUCAGUGAUAAACUGAGGUCCAGUACUGUGUGUGGAUUGUAGUGUUGUUUGAAAGAGAGACAGGUUGGUCUGUACCUCGGGAAUAGUAGUUUGACAAAAUAAUCUUAACUCAAGGUCCAUUUACUUAUAUUUGAAAGCUCUACGUAAAGCUGGUGAGUGAGCCUUAAGUUAUGACUGUUUUGUGAAAUGUACUGUUGUCCAUUAAAGGAACACUUCAAAAUUAUGACUUGACAACAAUUUCAUCUCCGUGCUUCCUUUUCAAAGAGAUAUCAGGGUUGUAGCUUGGCGUGUGCCAGCUUUAGUCCAGCUCAAACAAGGACUUGAAGGAGAGGAAACUGCCACACCAGCUCUGUACAAUCUCAGAUUAAAAAUGGAAGUUGCCACA